GCCACUAUGCCGAUGAAGGGCCGCUUCCCUAUCUGCCGCACGCUGCAGUACCUGGGCCUCGGGGAUGUGGUAUUCAAGGAGUCGGUGAAGGUCAUGACCGUGAACUACAACACGCAGGGGGAGCUAGGCGAAGGCGCCAGGAAAUUUGUGUUUUUCAACAUCCCUCAGAUCCAGUAUAAGAACCCUUGGGUGCAGAUCAUGCUGUUUAAGAACAUGACACCAUCGCCCUUCCUGCGGUUCUAUCUAGAUUCUGGGGAGCAAGUGCUGGUAGACGUGGAGGCCAAGAGUAAUAAGGAGAUCAUGGAGCACAUAAAGAACAUUUUGGGCAAGAAAGAGGAGACCCUCAGGGAGGAGGAACUGGAGAAGCAGCGUCACUCUCAUCCAGCCAACUUUGGCCCCCCGAAGUACUGCUUGCGGGAGUGCAUGUGUGAGGUGGAAGGUCAGGUGCCCUGCCCUGGCCUGGUGCCCUUACCCAAGGAGAUGACAGGGAAGUACAAAGCCGCUCUGAAAGCCAGCACUUAGGUCUGAGCGAGGUCAUUUGGGAUGGACUGACGGAACUCUCUGAAAUGGAAAAGCCAGUUUGCACACCCAUUUAAAGGACAUGGGGAGAAGGCCAGAGUUGUCAGCUGCUGAACAGAUGUCAAUAAAAGAUUUAGUCUUCC